CUACCCUAAACCCCUUUCAUCUCCCUCGCUGUGCUCCCCUUCGUCUUUCCCGGCUCCUCUUUAAGCAUCUCUGAGUCGUUGCCGCCACCGCCGCCGUCGUCCUUCGUCACCGUACUCUCCAUAUUGAAUCGGUUACUUACUCAGUUACCGAAUCAACGCUGGUGGGAGCAGCAGAUAUGUCUGCAGUGGAAGAGAAGCUAGAGGAAAUCGAACCUUCAACAAGGAAUAAUGAGGAGCCAGUGGAAGAAGAUGAUGAAGAGGAUGACCUUUCGUGGUCAUCAGACUCUGAGAUUGGAGAAGCAUUGGACUGGUUGGAUGCUAAGGAAGAUCGUGAGGCAGAUGGGGCUUUUUCACUCAAUGCUUGGCGUCCUAAUGCUCAUGGUGGGCUUUAUUCUCGUCAUAAUUCCUCAACUCUUCAACCUCUCUCAAAUCGAAACCAGAAGUUUACCAAUCAUAUUCGAGCUUCACCUCUUGGGGAAUGGGAAGGGAGGUUUAAUGUAGGAAUGUCAAACUCUGUUACCACUGCCAUUCGAGACAGUGUCAAGGAAAUGGCGAUAGGAAAAACGAAAACUACAGAGAAAGCUGAUCGUGCAACUGUCGAACAGGCAAUAGAUCCUAGAACUCGGAUGGUUUUAUUCAAGAUGCUCAAUCGAGGCGUUUUUCAUGACAUUAAUGGCUGCAUUUCUACUGGGAAAGAAGCCAAUGUCUAUCAUGCAACAAAAUCUGAUGGGCAAGAAUUCGCUGUCAAAAUCUACAAAACUUCAGUUUUGGUGUUCAAGGAUAGGGAUCGCUAUGUCCAAGGCGACUACCGUUUCCGACAUGGAUAUUGCAGGCAUAAUCCCAGGAAAAUGGUUAAGACAUGGGCCGAGAAGGAAAUGAGGAACUUGAUGAGGUUAAAAGCUGCAGGAAUUAGAUGCCCGACUCCUCUCCUCUUGAGACUGCAUGUGUUGGUCAUGGAAUUUAUCGGUAAGACAGGUUGGGCUGCACCUCGUCUCAAGGACGCUGCCUUGUCGUUAAACAGGUUACGUGAAAGUUAUUUGGAGGUUAUUAUUACAAUGCGGACCCUCUACCAGAAAUGCAAGCUAGUGCAUGGAGAUCUUAGUGAAUAUAACAUACUUUAUUUUGAGGGUCACCUUUAUAUUAUAGAUGUUUCUCAAUCUGUUGAUCUUGACCACCCUCAUGCCCUCGAUUUCCUUCGUGAAGAUUGUCUUCACGUUUCUGAUUUCUUCAAAAAACAUGGUGUUGCUGUAAUGACAAUUCGAGAACUGUUCGAUUUUAUAGUCGAUCCAUGCCUCACUGAUGAGACGAUUGAUAGUUAUCUGGAGGAGCUGCAAGAAAAAAUCUCGGCAAGAGGUGAUAUAUCAGUGGAGGAUGAGAUUGCAGAUUCUGUAUUUGUGCAGUCGUAUAUUCCGAAGACCUUGGAUAGUGUCAAACAUGCUGAGGAGGAUGUAAUACGUUUAACAAGUGGUCAGAACACUGAAGAUAUGUACUACAAGACCAUUACAGGGUUAAAACAGGCUCUUCCAAGAGUUCAACCUGCAUCAGAGCUAGAACACGACACAGACCCGAUUGAACAGUCCGAAAAUUUAACCGGUUUGUCAAAUUCUUGCGAGAAGGAAACCGAAUCAGUGUCAGAGUCAGAUGAAGAGAGCUCGGAUGAGUCGGAAGAAGAAGACGGACCAAGUUCUUCAACUGAGACGACGACUCAAACACCAGCUGAGAGGAAAGCUGCUAGAAAAGAGAACAAAAAGAAGGUGAAGGAAGAGAAGAGAGAGUCCCGCAAAAACAAGGUUCCAAAGGCUGUGAAGAAGAGGAAGAAGAAGUUGGCUAAGUCCCACAAGUAAGGUUGACCUAAUCCUUGCAAUUACUUUGGUUUUGUUCGAAUUUUGAUUUACAUUCAAUGAUAUGAUAUGUAGUUUAUUGUUUAUUUAUCUUAAACCUUCAUUUUACAAUAGUGCAAAUGAAAAUGGAGAUAAUUUAGAAAAAUCUAUCUUCCAAUUGGCUAA